AUGGAGAUUUUCUCUCCACCUAGAGUGGCCCUUAGACUUCCUGCUGGAUUGACAUCGGCUGGAAGCUUUGACAUCAUCACUGGUUCUGACCUCCUGACUUGGCAGGGGCAACACACGGUGCUUGAAGCUUUGAGGACCUUUCGGCCACGAAUGCUGGUUUCCAGCCCUCCUUGCACGAUGUAUUCUGACUUGCAGCGACUCUGGAACUUCAAGAAGAUGAAAGCAAAAUUGCGCAGGGCACGAAUGAAGAAAGCGAACACACUUCUUGAUUUCGGCAUGACCGUAUGUACGGUACAAGGCAAUGCUGGGAGAUUUUGGGUACAUGAGCAUCCCAACAGAGCUUCCUCGUGGAAGAGAAGAACGGUCCGAAAGCUCAUGCGCUUGAAGACCACAAUGGCUGUGACCUUUGACCAGUGCCAAGUCGGCCUUUGUUUGCCUGGAAACCCGGAGAAGAAGAUCAGAAAAAGGACGACCCUCCUGACAAACUCCCAGCAUGUUGUGGACUUGUUCAAGCCAUUGCAGUGCUGCUGUGCCAAAGGUGCUCAUGCCUUGGCUCGUGGAAAUUAUAAUGGAGUGUCCGUGGCACGAUACUGCCAGGCGUACCCCAGAAGGCUUUGCGACCUUCUGGCAAGCGCAGCUUUGAAGCAUGCCCAGGACUUGUGA